ACAGAGAGAGUAAUUAAUCAAAAGGCAAAAAGGCAGGUGCUGGAAAAGCAGUGAACGGAGCGUUCCAUAUUCAAUCGAAUGUCUCUUUUACUAUUUCCCGCUCCUCUUUCUGCUAUCUUCACACCUCCCGAGUCUCACCGUGUUCUCAUUCCAACUCACCCCAAGAAGAAGAAGACGAGUUUUUUGACUCAGUACCGACUCGGUUCCAACCCCAUUGUUCGGGCCAGAACCAUCCCAGGACGAACCCUUCGCUGCUGCUCAUCCAUGCCUGUUGUAGGGCCCACUUCAUCUUCUUCUCAGGAUUGCCUGUUGUACUCGAGAGCGUACUGGGUUAGUAAAUCUGUGAUUGCUUGGAAUGUGGAUGCUGGAAAUGGUUCCUGUUAUUUGUAUGCUAGUAAAACUGCCGCUUUAUCAUUUACAAAUGACGGAAUUCAAGGCUAUGAUGCGAAAAUCGAGCUUGAAGGAGACAACGCUGGUCUUUCAGAAAAUGUAAAGGAAAAAUUUCCUCACAUUAGAGAUUAUAGAGCUUUCAAGGUACCACCUGCUUUGGAUGUCAAAAGUCUACUCAAAUGCCAGUUGGCUGUUGCUAUACAAAAUUCCGAUGGGGUAUGCAGCAAUGCUACUGGUUUGCAGUUAGCUGGUGUUCUGGAUGAAUUAUUUUCAUAUAAUGGUCCUCUUGGCGCAGUUUUUUCAAAAGAAGCUGUCUCAGUUUACCUUUGGGCUCCUACUGCUCAAGCAGUGCGAGCUUGCAUUUAUAAGGACCCAUCAGGGGGAGAUCCUUUAGAAACCGUCCAGCUUGAGGAGUUCAAUGGCGUUUGGAAUGCUAGUGGGCCAAUAAGUUGGGAUGGCUGUUAUUAUGUGUAUGAAGUCUCUGUGUACCAUCCUAGCACCAUGCGGAUUGAAAAGUGCAUUGCAAUUGAUCCGUAUGCUAGAGGGCUCUCGGCUGAUGGCAGGCGAACAUUGUUUGUCAACCUUGAUUCUGAUGCCUCAAAACCUGAAGGAUGGAAUAAUUUGGCAGAUGAGAAACCAGCUCUUCUUUCUUUCUCUGACGUCAGUAUUUAUGAACUGCAUAUAAGAGAUUUUAGUGCUAGUGAUCAUACUGUGCAUCCUGACUUUCGUGGUGGUUAUCUUGCCUUCACUUUCCAGGAAUCAGCAGGUGUACUUCAUCUGAAGAAAUUGUCCAGUGUUGGUCUCACUCAUGUGCAUCUGCUGCCAACCUUCCAAUUUGCUGGCGUUGCUGACGAGAAGGAUAAGUGGAAAUGUGCAGAUAACAAGAUGCUGGAGUCACUACCACCAGAUUCAGAUGAACAACAGGCUCAUAUCACAGCCAUCCAAGAUGAGGAUGGGUUCAAUUGGGGGUAUAAUCCUGUUCUCUGGGGAGUCCCUAAAGGAAGCUAUGCCAGUAACCCUGAUGGUCCAUGCCGUACAAUUGAGUUUAGAAAGAUGGUGCAGGCACUUAACCGCAUCGGCCUUCGUGUUGUGUUGGAUGUUGUUUAUAAUCAUUUGCAUGGAAGUGGUCCAUUUGAUGAGAACUCUGUUCUUGACAAGAUUGUUCCAGGUUACUAUCUAAGAAGGAACACCGAUGGUUUGAUUGAACACAGCACAUGUGUAAACAACACUGCGAGUGAGCAUUUUAUGGUUGAACGUUUGAUACUUGAUGAUCUUUUAUGUUGGGCGCUUCAAUAUAAGGUUGAUGGAUUUCGGUUUGACCUUAUGGGGCACAUAAUGAAACGUACCAUGGUGAAGGCUAAGAAUGUGCUCAAUGGCCUAUUGAAGGAUAGAAAUGGAGUAGAUGGUUCUCGUAUCUAUAUAUAUGGCGAAGGAUGGGACUUUGGUGAAGUUGCGAAAAAUGGACGUGGUGUAAAUGCAUCACAGUUCAACCUUUGUGGAUCUGGAAUUGGGAGCUUUAAUGAUCGAAUUCGAGAUGCAUUGCUUGGUGGAUCUCCAUUUGGCCACCCUCUUCAACAAGGUUUUGUGACAGGUUUGUUAUUGCAGCCCAAUGAUCAUGACCAUGGAACCAAAGCAAAUGAAGAGCGUAUGCUUGCAGCGUCAAAGGAUCACAUUCAGGUUGGAAUGGCUGCAAACCUAAGAGACUUUGUGCUAACUAAUUGUGAUGGACAAGAGGUCAAAGGAUCUGAAGUUUCAUCUUAUGAUAGGGUACCUGUUGCAUAUGCUUUAUGCCCCACAGAAACAAUUAAUUAUGUUUCUGCUCAUGACAAUGAGACCCUCUUUGACAUUGUUAGUUUGAAGACUCCAAUGGAAAUGUCUGUAGAUGAGAGGUGCAGGUUGAAUCACUUGGCAACAAGCAUAAUAGCACUUUCACAGGGAAUACCCUUUUUCCAUUGUGGUGAUGAGAUGCUACGCUCAAAGUCACUUGAUCGUGAUUCAUAUAAUUCUGGUGAUUGGUUUAACAGGUUAGACUUCAGCUACAAUUCCAACAAUUGGGGUGUUGGCCUUCCUCCAAGGGGGAAAAAUGAAAAGAGCUGGCCUCUAAUUAAGCCAAGAUUGGCAGAUCCAUCCUUCAAGCCUCAGAAUAGCCACAUUCUUGCUGCUGUAGAAAACUUUUUGAACAUAUUAAGAAUUAGGUACUCAUCACCACUUUUCCGUUUGAGGACAGCAAACGCAAUCCAGGAACGAGUUCGAUUUCAUAACACUGGUCCUUCUUGGGUACCUGGUGUCAUUGUGAUGAGCAUUGAAGAUGGUCAUGAAGGCGUCCCUGGGCUAUCACAACUGGAUCCCAUCUACUCAUAUAUAUUAGUUAUCGUCAACGUCUGCCCAACUGAAGUAUCAUUUGCUAACCCUGCACUACGGGCAAGAACUCUUGAAUUGCAUCCCAUACAGUUGAUGUCCACCGAUAAGGUUGUCAAAAACUCAACAUACGAAGCAUCAACUGGGUGCUUUACGGUGCCUCCAAGGACAACAUCUGUAUUUAUCGAGCCUCGAGGCAAAUAAGUUCCUUUUGCUGGCGAAUGUGGUGAUAAUAGCGUAAUUUGAGACGGGCGACAAACUGAGUUUGACCUCAACAGAGCCAGUAUGGUGAUUGAUGCAUACAUACAGUACAUAUAUAUGUAUAUAUUAAAUUUUGGGUUGUUUGCAAGGAGAGAGAGAGAGCGAGCAAGCAAGCUAGGUAAUUCUUUUUUGAGUAAUGCUAUGAUGCCCGAUUUGGUUUUUUGGAGACUCCAAUAAAAAGUAUACAAUAAGGGACAUGUACACAGUAAUCAAUAAGAUAGAGUCUCUCUCUUUUUAAAGUGUAUAGUAAGGAUUCGUACAUCAGUCGGUAAUAAAAAAAACUGAUCGGGAGUUCUAUCCUCCUUUUUUCUUUUC